CACAGCUCCUGAAUUUUCACAAUAAUCUGGCUGGUGGACCAGCAGUGACAUAUAGUCAGCGGGGUGCAGACCUUAUCAAACCGCCUGACCGCUGCCUGGGCUUUUUUGACUCGUUUCUCACGCUUUAUUGACUGGGCGUGGCGACGUGACUUCUGGGUUUCCUGGGUGUUUUAAUCCCGCACUCUUCAGAUGAAGCUUUCAUUUUCGACUCUUUCACAGUGUCUUGUGGACUGUCUGUCAUUCUGAACAGUUUUUAAAACAUGACCCUCAGCGCUCUUCGGUUAGCGUGCUUCUCGACAUGCUUUCUUCUCACAGCUGCUAGUGAUCCCGUCGUGCUCACUCCUCCCAGAGUGGUGGUUGCAUAUGGAGCUCCAGUCUCUGCGAACUGUUCAACACACCUCACCCAUCUUGGGAUGGGCUGGGAGGCCCCCUUGGGACCAGUGGACAUGACGGAUGAGGUCAAUCAAAUCACCUGGAAAGUGGACAGUCUUACAGAGUGGAAUAUAAAACCAUUUUGCUUUGUCAACGUGAAUGAAUUGUCCCAGAAAACAAAGUUUCUGGAAGUUAUUGUUUACAAGAUUCCAGAUAAUGUAUCCAUCAGUUUGAAUGACACUGAACGAGUGACUGAGGGGAAAACGUAUGAGCUCCUGUGUGACAUCAAGAACAUUGCUCCGCUUAAGAACCUUGUUGUAAGGUGGUAUAAAGGCCAAAAUGUAAUUCGUAUUAGCCGAUAUUCUGAAACUGACACCACUCCAAAAAGUAAGUUGGGACGCCUCCCCAUAAACCUAAACAGAAGUGACAAUGGAGCUCAGUACAGGUGUGAAGCUCAGCUGGAACUGGGAGCAGGUGGACCUCAACCUCCUCCCGCAAAGAAAUCGGAACCUCUCAGUAUUAAUGUACAUUACAGCCCAAAGUUCUCCAGAUCUGUGGAGAUCUUUAACCAAACAAAUAAAGAGAUCACCUUAGACUGCACUGUGGAAGCAAAUCCCCAUCCAAAAUACACCUGGAAAACACCUAUUCAGCAUGAGUUCAAUAAAGCAGUUUUGUCAGUACCUGCUUUGACAUCUGGCAGCUUUAAUUGCACUGCCACAAAUGAGUAUGGCUCGUCAGUAAAACAGUUCAUCAUCAAUCCAAAAAGUCGUGACCGCACUAUUUUCUGGGCUUUUCUCGGAUCGGGGUUGGCCUUGGUUUUUGUGCUGAUUGUAGGUUACGUGAUAAAGAGGAGUUCCUUUCUGGUCCCCCUUCAAGGCCAUUCAGUCGAACUAUGGCAUGGACAAGAGUGGCGAUGCAAAGCAGGGCUUUUGUUAGCAGCCACAGCUCAGUUUUUGGGUUGCCAAGCAGGACCAAGUCAGAAUCCCUUUCGUCUCUGUACCCGGACUAUGGCAGAUUUCAACAAAAUCUCAGAGAUGAUGAAAAACACACUGAAAUGUUUCUUUGCUCUUUUCGUUCUCCAAACAGCCUCAGGUGACAGCUGCUCUCUUGAGAUAUCGCCCUCGAGAGUGGUUGUUGCGUUUGGACAGCCGGUGACAGUCAGCUGUGUGGCCUCUCGGCCAGUGCGCGUGCUGGGAUGGGAAUCUGCCAUCGGUGCGUCACACACCCAGCGUGACCUUGCUGUCCAGUGGUCAGUGGACAGCUUGAUUGACUGGAUCGAAGAACCAAUCUGCUACGGUGUUUUCUUCACUGCACCCAGACAGUGUGAAGAGAAGCUCAACCUUGUUCUGUACAAGACUCCAGACAGCAUCUCCAUUAGCAUGGUAAACCACACAGGACCGAUGGUGGAAGGCAAAGAAUACCAGCUACUGUGUGAGGUGCAGAACAUUGCACCUGUGCAGUAUCUCACACUGCGGUGGUACCGAGGGCAGACGGAAGUUUACAACCACACAUUUUCUGAGCUCUCUCCGGCUACUCCAGUCCAGGUGUCCUCCACCCUGCUGAUCAACCCAGGCAGGGUAGAGGAUGGAGCUCCGUACAGGUGUGAAGCUGCACUGGAACUUGGUCCAGAAGGACCUCAACCUCCGCCCAGAGUGAAGUCAGAGCCCCUCAGCAUUGCUGUUCACUACCCACCUGACCCGUUCAACCCAGAGAGGGAGUUGGUGGAGUUCGUUGACGGAGAGGACAUUUUGCUCAAUUGUUCAUCAGGAGGAAAUCCACCACCUUCAUACAGCUGGAGCUCCCCAAAUGUGCAGGACAAUGAUGAAAAUCAGCCACUCCUCAGAGCUCCCUCUUCAGGCACGUACACCUGUACUGCCUCCAACAUGCUGGGUAAAUCAAGCAAGAAGUUCAUGGUCAAACCCAAAUCCAAAGGCAGCCAUGUGGAUCCACAUGACAGUCAGCGCCUCCAGAUUUAA